GGAGAGGUGGUUGACGGAAUUUCAUGAAAACUUUCACCUGUGAAAGUUAAAUUGUGACAAAUUGUGAGUUUAUUUUGAACAAGUAUUGAAAUUGCAUAUAAAUAAUUAAGUAAUUAUGCCACCGUCUCAAGUAUCUUCCUGUACAAUUUGUUCGAUUGACCUGUCAAAUCUUGGUUAUCAUCAUCGUCCACCGGAACUUAACCUCAAAUUAGGGGAAUCUAUAAAUUACGACACUUCUGGUUCAAAACGCUUAUCGAAAGAUGUUGACGUUUAUUUCAUCCUCCGAAACUUGCUCCGACUUCCAUCCACCCUGAUGGAAGAUUUGUUGGCGUCCAGUGAGGGGAGAUGUAUGGCAGAGUGGGGGCUGGUUUUUUGUAUCGUUUGUCGCAGGAUGGUGGAGGAAGCCGGAUUCAUUUUUGACAGAAUUACAAAGUUAAAACAAGAUUACGAAGAGGUGAGAAAGAAGAUAAGAGCAAGGAUUCUUGUUAAAGAAGAUGGAAUAUUGGCGACGACUAGUAAUAUGAGGAGACGAGGGCGACGAGGGAAGGAUCGACAUGGAAGCAGUAGUUCAGUUGUGGAAAAGAUAAGAGAAUAUUUUUGUAAAGCUCAGGAUACCAGAAUUAAUGAAACUGAAUUGAAAGAAAAAGAGAAAUCGAUCUUGAUGAACCACCCUCGAUUAAUUCUCCCAAAUUUCGAAGAUCCAGUAAAAGUGGAACCCGUUAUUGAUGAUGCAUCUUUUUGUGAUGACUUUUUCAUACCUGACGAUGCCCAGUUUGCAGAAGAGUUUGUCCCAUGUAUACAGGAAAAAAGCCCAGGAAAUCACGAUGAAAGCGUGAAAAUACAGGAAGAUGCUUCAAGGAGAUCUCUGCGACCAAGACAAGCUCGUAAAAUUGAAAACGACAACUCCGAGAGUGACGAAGAUGGCGAUGAUUCACAUUCUGACGAAUCAGGCGACUUUGAGAAUAAUUCUGAAGAAGAGGAUGACCAGGAAGACGAUGAGAGCUCUCAUGAGACGGGUGAAAGUCAGCGUAUUCAAACUUCAAGGACUAAAGCCAUACGAAUGGAAGUCAAACAUCGCGAAUAUAAUUCCACCAGCAGAAGGCCACCCAAUUACACGCGCACAGAUAUCGACAACAAGAUAAACUUGCAGAAGUGUCAGUAUUGUAAUUUCUCAAGUAAAAAUGGAUAUGCUUUGGAUGCACAUAUUUUGAAUGUACAUCAAGGAGUUGAGCGUCCCUUUCCUUGUGAUCUAUGUGAAAUAACUUGUAAUAGGUUCGGAGCCAUUAUGCUUCACAUAGACAUUCGACACCAUUCGCAAAUAUUUAACGCAGAAGAACCAGUACCAGCCCCUGGUGCCGAAAUUGAUCCAUCAAAUUCUGAUGUGUUCAACGCUAUUGUUGAAGUGAAGGAAAUCGAAGUUGGAAACGAGUGUGACAAUGUCGACACAAACUUGGAUGUGAAGCAUGGACCGCUUCAGAACGCUUUUGAACCUCUUCAGGAAGCUAAAGAAAAGUGUAAAAGAAAAUCUAGAACAUUCAAUCCUGAAGGACGUCCCUUCAAGUGUGAUAAAUGUCCACAUCGCUACUCAGAUAUGUGGCUUUUGAAUGCCCACAUUUUACGAAGUCAUCACGGGGACAAGCAAUCCUAUGAGUGUGACCAGUGCGAGAGGCGAUUUUCGCGUCAACAAGUCCUUUUUGAGCAUAGGGCGGACCAGCAUCCCACAAUACUAACCCCGUAUGAAGGUCCACCAGCAACAUCGUUUGAGAGAAGAAUUGCUGAGCUAGCCAGUAUCGAGAAGCCUGGGAUUAUUGACAUUCCAAUUUCCACGAAUAAGAAGAUUUAUACCUGCACAAAGUGUGACGUAGAUUUUCAGAGUCGGAUUAGUUGUGAAGUACACUUGCGAAGGGCCCAUUAUGGACCCGACUCUAAGAUCAAGUGCUCUGAAUGUGACAGUUAUUUUUUAACCUCGACCGGAAAAAACAACCAUUUCAAAAACGUUCAUAUCUAUAAGCGUGAUCCAACAGCUAGAGAAGUGUUGUCCUGCUCCAAAUGUCCAGAAAAAUUCAAACUUCAACGUGACUUGAGGAAACAUUUAAGAACGCACAGAAUAAAGGAACAUAUGUGUGAAUUGUGCCCCCAAACGUUCACGGAAAAGAUAAACCUCACUCAUCACCAACGUCGCGUCCACCAUGAAGAACUUGGCUUGAGUCCGUGGAAGUGUGAACUAUGUCAUAAGAACUUAAAUUCAAAGCGGAACCUCGACCUUCAUAUGAUCACACACACUGGAGAAUUUCCCUUUCAGUGUGACAAAUGUCCUCGUAGGUUCGUCUUAGAAUCACAAGUCCUGAGGCACAUUGCCACAGCCCACAAUAAUGAGAAGCCGUUUAAGUGCUCUUAUUGUGAGAAGAAAUUUGCAACUAAGUUUAACUUAACCAAUCACAAUCGUGUUCACACCGGCGAGAAGCCAUUCAAGUGUCGAUUUUGCUUGAAGGAUUACUCGGACGGACCAACGUACCGUCGACAUCUCGAGACUCAUGGGACAAAGGUCCAUACUUGCCCGACUUGCCAAAAAGAGUUUAAAGUGUGGCACUCCUUUCGGCUGCAUUGCUUGAAACAUGAUGGGAAAGGAGUAGUCAGGAGAAAAAAUACCACAACGACGAUUCAGAGAAAGAAACAACGUGUUAAUUAUGAGAAAGAAGAUUCUGCAAUGUCAACUUCUGAAAGUGAAGAUGAAGAACAAGACCCCAACCCCCUUCCAGAGAUAAAUGACAAUCCAGCACAAAAUUGACAGGCUUUGAUGCACCUUUACGAGCUAUAGCUGUUCAUGUAAAAAAGCAUUAUACUAGAGAAAUCAUGAUAAGAUGUUAGUCUGAAAGUCAUGAAGUUAAAUGUAAAAGUUUGAAAAGUCCAAAAACCGAUAGGUCUGAUUUUAUGAUUCAUAGAAAUAGUUUAUGUUAUCUCCAAGCCUGGACCGUUUAUCUUGGUAAAGUUUCAGUGCAUUCUUCCCUCUAAAAUCUAGCUUUUAUGAACACGCAAUCGGCUCAUUAACAUUCAUAUAAUGUUGCAGUUGAUUAAUAAUACCUUGAUUGUAUAGGUGCCAUAAAAGUACGUACGUAUUCAUCAAUGGUCACCCUAGUCAAGAGUUGCACACAAAUGUUAUGCCGAAUUAUAAGUGCUCAGUUCCUUAAGUUCCCUCAAUUUGAAAUUCGUAACACAAAUUUGUCGUCAAUUUCGUACCUGUUCAACAUUAAAAUUAAAAUUGCCUUUUUGAAUAGAAUGACUUCAGAAUUAAAACUUAGUACCGGCGUUGUAAAUACAUCACUUUCUUCGUCCCACACAUUAUUGAAAAUAUGCCAAGUUAAGUCACGAUGAUUAAUUUUAUUUCGACACAUGUAAGCUACUCUUCGUUUAAUAUCCACUGUUCCUUCACCUGGCUCGAUCUGUCCCUCUUUAGUAAACUCAUAACAUUUCAUUUUUCUUCAUUACUUGUAGUACAGCGUUUACAGAACAUCGUGAAUACAACGUGGUUAACCGCACUUGUACUUUCCAUUAACUUGAAAUGUAUGUACAAAUACAACUCAGGCCAUUCCACUCCAUACGACUACUAACGACCAUGAUUCAUUGCUGCACACCUUAUCUCAUGUUAUCAUAGUUUUUUUCCGACUUGAUAAGAAUAUUCAGCGUCGGAUUGAGAAUCUUUGUUUAGAACUUGUGAUCAUAAUUUUUUUACAAGUUUCCCCUUCCUUCCACCCAACCAAUAUUUAUGGAAAGAUUCAUUACACGUCUAAUUACUAUUUCCCCCAAUUUUUCAUACUUAAUGAUGCACAACUUUUUAGUUGAAUCCGUUUCUAAAUAAUUUAUCAUUUCGUCCUCAUGUCUGUCGGCCUCCGCUUUUCAUUUAUGUUUUUUUCUUUAUUGUGGCGUCUAUUUAUUUUUUAUUGUGCUUCUUGAACAUCUGCUACAUCGCUAAAUCUCUUUCUCGAUGUCAUGCCGUCUGUUUAGAAAAGUCCACCGAUUUCAAUUCAAUUCCAUUUCUUUCUUUCUAAAAAAAAGUAAAUCUGCGUGGAAAUCUCUCCCUAAAUGAAAAAUGGCACUUCACUCAUGAGUAAAUAGCUGUCUGUUGAGCAAAGUUUUAUUCUGCCAAAGUGAUAAAUGGUGUUGGUUUUGGUGGAUGGAGGACUUGCUUUUGGGGUGCAAGUUAAGUUUACUACUCGAAAUGAAGAAUCGCAGAAUCUCUCAUCCACUCUGAUUUCGUGGUUUCUUUAAAUGGAAAAAGUUUACUAAUUAAGGCAACUUUCUCUCCUCUUUGGGUAUCUUCUUGUACGAUAGUCACUUGUUCGGUGGGAGUGGUACUGGUGGUGGAGUGGAGGUAGGGAUGGAAUGUGCAAAUAGAAACGAUAAAGUGGAUUGGAUGGACAAGAAAUGAGUAACAUUUGCAUCUUAAAAGUAACGAAAUGGAGAAGAAAAAACUUUUAUUAUUACUGCUACAGUUUCCUAUUCCGAUUUGGAAUGAAACAAAAAGGAGGUAAAUGUGUAGAAAAGAGGUGGAAUAAACGUUAUUAUUAUUUUUACUAAAAUGGUCGGAAAUGGGAUUCAAAGUUAUUAUGAAAUGGAGAAAAGAUGCCAAGAAAAGAAGGUAGCUUUUAAGUACAACUUAUGAAAUGUAUCUGGCUUUUGUCCAGGUCGUAAUAUGUAAAAGUGUAUAUGACAAACUUGGCAUGAAAGUUUUUAGAAUUUUGGAAAUUUGUAUUUUUAUUUAAAAUUUAAAUUAAAGUAAAGUAAAAGUGUUGAAAUUAGA